AUGGAAGAAGAUAAAUCUAAGAGUUUUCAAAUAUUUGUUGGCAUAGCCUUUUAUUUAUUUUAUUUAUUUUAUAUGUUCACAUAUAGUUUUGAAGUACUUUUUAUUUUUUAUACGCAACUGAGCUAUAUGAUGCUAUGUGCUAUAUUUAUAUUUACCCUUUUUUCUAUUUUAUUUAUUUCGUAUAGUUUAAUGUAUAUUUCUUGUUUUUUUGUAAUUAUUAUGUCUUUAACAGAAAUAUCUGAAUUUACAAAAUAUACACAAGCAUAUUUUUUGGAUGAGGAAUUUAAUAAAAUAUUUUUAAUGGCUAGAUUAUUUGGGGCUAUAAAUUUUAUAAUUUUUUAUUCGAUGCAUAUGGGUAAUUUAAAAAAAGCUAAAUAUGAAAAACAGAAUAAUGAGAAUAUAGAAAAUGAAAUAAAUCAAACUAUAAGAUCAAGAACAAUACCAGUUGCUCAAAACACACCGUUACCCACUAUUAAUAAUAACAAUAAUCAUCAUCAGGAAUUGCCAAGAAAUAAUGUGAACAUACAUGAUACAGAUGUUGAAAAAGAUAAAGCCAUUUUUAUGAAUCCCCAAAAAACAGAAGUUAUAGAAGGUUACGUUUUAAAAAAAAUGGUAAUUCCGGUUAUACAUAAAGAAGAUAUAAAAAUGAUUCCUGAACAGCAUAAUACAGUUGAUGCAAAAAAUGCUACCCCAUUUAAUCAUUACAAAAUAAUGACAUCAGAAAGUUUAAAUAAUCCAAGAAAUGACAAUUAUAAAAUGAACAAUCCUGAAAUGAACCAUUUUGAGAUGAGUAGUGUGCACCCCUCCAUAAAUAAUAAUAUAAUUGAAAAUAAUCCAUCUAUUCCAACAAACUAUAUUUUAUAUAAUCAAAGUAUUGAGAAUAAUAGAAAUAAACUUACUGACCAAGAUAUUUAUAUACCCUAUGAAAAUCAAAACUUAAAUAAAAAUAGAUACCCAAAUGAUAUUAAUAAUAACUUUCCUUAUAAUAAUUAUAAAAUAUUUCCAGGAAAUACAUUAUAUAAACAACAUUCUAGUCGUAAAGACGUAUACAAAAAUUAG